AUGAUUACUUCUCCGCCUGAAGAUGUUGAUACUGGAAUGGAGUCAGCAUCAAGCGUCGUGAGGAAGUUUUAUCAGGGAAUCAACUGCCGUGAUUUGGCAUCUGUGGAGACACUUAUUGCUAAUAAUUGUGUGUAUGAGGACCUUGUCUUCCCUCGACCAUUUGUUGGCCGCGAGGCAAUCCUAGAAUUCUUCAAGAAAUUCACCGAUUCAAUCAGCACCAAUUUGCAGUUUGUUAUUGAUGAUAUAUCUGAGGAGGAUACCUCAGCUGUUGGGGUAACUUGGCACUUGGAAUGGAAUGGAAAAACUUUUCCUUUCAGCAAGGGAUGCAGCUUUUAUCGGUUAGAAGUGGUAAACGGCCAGAGGCAAAUAGUUUAUGGGAGAGACAGUGUUGAACCUGCUAUCAAGCCUGGAGAGACAGCUCUGGUUGCUAUCAGAGGUGUUGCUUGGCUGCUGCAAAAAUUCCCAAACUUAGCAGACCAGUUAUGA